AUGUGGGAGUCACUUAAGACUCCACCCAAUACAGCAGCAGAAGCAGCAGCAGCAGCCACCACUCUAACUGGAUCGGGAGCGUCGCACAGCUUCCGUACCCACGCUAACGGUCCUGCCGAACCUGCUGCAGAUCCCAGGCUGACAGCAGCAGUAGCAUCAGCAGCAGCUGCAGCAGCCUUGGGAUUGUCGGCAGUGCACUCAGUAGAAGCACCAGAGGGGGACAGCAGCAGCGCUGGCGUGGGUUCAGGGCGAGAGGGAUCCGCAGGUGGCGCAAGGCCGGCAGUGGACUGGGGUGGUGCAGGAAGGGGAGAGGGAGGUGAGGGGGCGGCAGUGGGGAGCAAGCACACGGCGCGCUGGCGAGUGUUCACAGACCGAGGCAGGGAGCUCUUCUCACAGGGUCGGCUACGGGAUGCAGAGCGGUACCUGCAGAGGGCUAUAGAGGAGGCGAAGGCGGGCUUUGGAAGAAGCAGAGAAAUACCUCUUUCCACCCCUCUCCAUCUCUCUGCACCCCCAGGGUCGUCUACGGGAUGCAGAGAGGUACCUGCAGAGGGCUAUAGAGGAGGCAACGGCGGGCUUUGGAAGAAGCAGAGCAGUACCUCUUUCCACCCCUCUCCAUCUCUCUGCACCCCCAGGGUCGGCUACGGGCGGGAUGCAGAGCGGUACCUGCAGAGGGCUGUAGAGGAGGGUCGAUUACAAGAUGCAGAGCGGUACCUGCAGAGGGCUAUAGAGGAGGCGAAGGCGGGAUUUGGGCCGUCUGAUCCGCACGUGGCGUCCUCCUGCAAUAACCUGGCAGAGCUGUACCGAGUAAUGGGGGAGUGGGAGGCAGCAGAGCGUCUGUUCCAAGAGGCUGCAGAGCGGCUGCGAGCGGUGGAAAUGCCUCUGCCGCUAGCAGCCACCCUGCACAACCUGGGAGGGUUGUACCUGCAGCAGGCUCAGCUGGGACAGGGUCAACUGGUGCAUUCUCAACUCGGGAAGGCUGAACUGGGGCAGGCUCAGCUGGAGAAAGCUCGUGUGUGCUAUGAGGAGGCUCUCAAGCUAAAGGCCAAGGAGCUGGGCGAGUCCCACCCAGACUACGCCAACACCAUGUUCCACCUCGCAGAGGGCAGUGCGGGCAGUCGAGGAACAACAGCAAUGGCUCGGCGUAUGAUGCUGCUGGCACAGAUGCUUGUGCAGUCAGCAUCAGCACCAGCAGCCACCCUCCCCGCAACUGCGGCUAUCAAUGGACAGCGGCAGGGGCAGCAGGGGCAACAGCAGCAAGGGGACGGUGGCAGCAGUAGAGGUGGAGACGCGGAGUUGCUGAGGGAGGCUGAGAGGUUGCAGAGACGAGCCAUCCAUGCGGUUGAGAUGGGUGAGGGCACAGAGGCACCAGCUCUGGCAGGCAUGCUUGCAUCGCUGGCUGCUACUCUUGAGAAGCAAGGCCGACUAGAGGAGGCACGGGAAGCGUUGCUCAGGUCCCUCCACCUGAGGCGGUCUGCACUUGGCGCGGACCAUUUCCUUGUGAGUGGGCUAGGAGAGGGUGAGAGAGGGAAUUGA